AUGAAAGCCUCCAUCCAGAGGAUGCUUGCCUUUUGCAAGUAUCGUGCAGAUGCAAAGAAGAACAAGUCUGGCCAGGGUUUGGCUGAGGCCCAGGAGGUCCUGGAGGCCUAUCGCAAGAUUGGGGACUCAGACAGAAGGGGCUUCAUCCAGGCCUAUCAGAAGUUUGGCCUCGAGGACCUGAAGUGGAUGGGCUCCUACACCAAGAAGGCCAUCUCAUCAGAGAAUGAAGUUGAUACCUCCCUGAAAGGGAUGAUGACCAUGGCCAGAAUCUUCAAGCUGAAUGGUCUGCAUGCCUCAGACUAUGACCCAAAGAAGCAGCAGCAGCAGCUUCUUGAAGGCCUCCUGAAGGAAAGCGAAGACUUUUGGGGCCACAGCCGGAGUGAGCAAGUCAACAAGAACUUGCCUGAGCUCAGCCGGUUUUUCUACAGAACCUUGGUGGAGUCCAAAGACGAAACCGAGCAGAAGGAGGAGAACCUCUUCGAGCUGUCCUCCGAAAUCAGUGCGAAGGCACUGAAGAACCUCAACCAGCCCACGAUCAAGCUGGAAAACCCUGAGAAAAUGGAGCUCCAGCAGCUGGCCAGGACAAGCUCGAGCGCUGUGAAGCGCUUGGAGGGCAAGCAAAGCGAGUUGUCCGCCUUGCUCAUUGCCAUGGAGGCAAAUGAGAAAGUGAAGGCGAAAGUGCCAGAG